AUGGAACACACGGAGUGCCAUAAUGGCGGCCACGAGUGCGUUCCUGCCUACCUCCGAGCAUCCCGACCCCUAAGAAUCUUCACAGAACUGUACGUCGGGAUUGAGAGGAACAAGAUCCGAGAUAUUGAGCGCACCAUUGAACUUAUCACUGCUAAGCACUCAUUGACCAGUCCUCCAGGAGACAUCACUCUGGAAGAAGAAAUACGAGACGUGUGGGCCAUGUUAUUCGACUUCGUUAUACACACCAAGUUCAACAAUCCGAUGUUAGAUUCAGCUGUGCUUCUACUCAUCAACCUAACGCAUAGUGUCCCCAUAACUCAAGAAGUCCAUGAUCCAAACUCGAAAAUUCCGCAAAUUAUCAGAAACCUGAACAAGGUAUGGAAGGACGCGACAGGUAAAGAUAUGAAGAUUUUUGUCAAGAAAAGGAAACCCACACCGAAAACAAGAGAAUCUAGUGAUGGGGGAGACCCUCCAAGCGAUACCAGUGAAGGUGGAAUUCUAUUACCAACCACAGAAGAAGAUUCGGAUAAGCCAGACGAUACAAAUAAGGAGAAUGGAAAGGCGGGAAAGCAGGAUGAGAAUGAGAAUUGUACCAGUACCGGAGCUACACUGCCUGAUUCCGACAAAAAUGGAGUGAGCGGAACUGAGGUUCCCAUAGUGCGUGAAAUCAUCCGAGUCGACGGCCACGCCCUGUGGACUGAGUUGCCACUUCUACAUACAUAUUUGGACGCUCAGUUUCUUAAAAUAGGCCGGUUAGAGCGAAAACAAAGGUGCAGCUUGACCAGUUUCCUUGGUCGGAUAAUUGCUGGGGGUCUAGGCUAUCAAUAUUUUAGCUGUAUGGCCCUCUGGUUUAUCCGGGAGACACUGGAGACGCCUCGCGCCAUUAUUGAAGAGGAGGUAGGCUCGGAUGAAGACGAAUACGGGUCAUAUAGCCAGGAAGAUGAAGCCAAAAACAAGAAACGCCAAGCCAAAGAGAAGAGAAAGCGCGAGCAAGACAAAUAUGAUACCAUGGACAAGGUCGAAAAGGAGUUUGCGAAUCUGACACUCAACGACCUUCUAUUUCCAUGUAUCACAUUGUUUGCUACCUGCAGCAAAACACUUGCGGCUUUGAGUGUAAGUAGUCCCACUAUUAACGGGCCCGGUAAGAACAGAUUGACCAAUAUUGGAGAACUUGCUACAAAUUUCGUCAAGGAAAAGGAAGAAGGGUUCAGUAUCCAAAGAUGGAUGUUCUGGAAAUCACGAUUGAAGAAAAUUGCUAGCCUUGGAGUACAACCGUUGUCAAGAAGUGCACGAUUGGCAUUUAAUCUUUUAUGCAACUCAGGCCGAUUUUCCGGAAUCGAGCUCCCGGGUGACAGGGAGUUUAUGAAACGCUCACUCGAGUACUUGCCCGAACAGAGCAGCCUGGUGGAUUUGUUUAAUUCAGAUCUAAAUUGGAUUGACGAGGAAAUUUGCCCUUGA